CAUAGGUAUGAUGUGGUGAGUAGCUUUGCUUGUUUUCCGGAUUCUGGUGUCCGGUUUGUUUGUUUACCUUAGAUUUUUGGUACCAUUUCGUGGCCUGUGGGAGGGACAAGCGGUAGCAGAGGUACUAUUUGAGAGAAGUUACAGGGAAAGUGAGAUUGUGUUAUCGGGAAAUGUAUCGGUGACCUGUGGCUGGUGAAGGGAUAACUAUACUUAGCUGUGUAGAACUUUAGUAUACAUUCUUCAACCUGCUGGCUCAAACGCAUUACCAUCGUAUACAUACGUAUAUAAACGCACGGCGACCCCCGGUCAUGGACAUUCUUCUCCUUCUACUGACAAUGGAAGACACACGAUUACAUUGCUAUGCGUGAUUAAACACAUGAGUACUGUGGAAUACAUUAUUUAAAAUUUAAUCGUGAAAAAGGGAUUUAUUUCAUUUGGAAUUGACACCUGCCACAAUUGAAUUCGUGGAUAUAUUUCACAACUUGUUCACUGAAGAAGAGGGUAAGUUUAAAAUCGUCCGGUGCCAGUUGUUCUUGGUAAAAGAAAACCGUGACAUGAUCUGUAGAAAUAUUGACACUUCAAUGUAUCCUGUGAUACACUAGGGUACCCUUACCGAAGUCUUAAAUACCACAGGAAGUCUAUCUUUUAUCAUAUGCAUGUGAACAGGGGAAGUUGUGCACGUUUAUAAAAGGACUAUCUGUAUGGAGUUCUAUAAAGUACGGUAAUUGUGUGCGGAACUUAGACCACAUGACUGCCAUAUGGACUAAACACUGUGUACAUUAAAGACUGACAUAAACUAAGACUGAUAUGGUAAUUAGUGUAUUUAGUAAGGCGAGUAUAUUCUGUAUAUCAUUAUCGGGAACGUUAAUUACUUAUACUACAAUACAGGGAGGUAUACGUCACUGCGCAUGGAGCCGCAACUAAUGGCACAUGGCGGACACGGAUGCUGUAUGAUUACAAUAGCCAGGAAUGUCGGAUUUCUCAAAACAUUGCAUCUACGCCUCGUCACAUUACGUACUGUAGGAGAAAACUUUGCACUGGUGAAACGUAAUAAGCACAAUGUCUUAUAGUCAUCGGGUUUGAUAGCAGGCGUACAGUUAAACAGAGAGCGUGUGUACCGGUGGUGGUAAGAAUCUCGGGCACGUAGUCCUUCGUGGUUGUAUACAUCUGGCGCGACAAACGUCAACACGGAACAGAUUAUGCAGGAUUGACAUGUGUCAAUGAUUGUGAAAGAUAGAAUGUAAGGACGUGUCAAUACGGAAAGUGUUUUUAAAGUUUAUUUUUUAAUUGAUACAUACAGAAAUAACUUGUGAAACGGUGUUUUACAUUCCGACACGUGUCGUAAGGGAGUUGUUUUGCAUUGAAACACGUGUCAUCAAGGAAGUGUUUUACAUUUAGACACGUGUCAUUGAGGAAGUGUUUUACAUUCAGACACGUGUCAUUGAGGAAGUGUUUUACAUUCAGACAAGUGUCAUUGAGGAUUGAAACACGUGUCAGCAAGGAAGUGACUACAUAACAACCAGGAAUUGUUAACCGUUAGAAAACGAUACACGGAAAGUGUUUAACGUUUCAAACAGGAAAUGUUUAACCGGAUACGUGUCAUCUAGGUGUUAAACUGAAAGACACCUGUCAACAAGGCAGUGCUUAAGAGAAGGACUCGUGUAAACAGAAGUGUUAACAAGACAACGCGUGUUAACAAGGAAGUGUUUAAGUAAAUUCUCGAGGAUUAGGGUGUGUAAUUACAUAUCCCGGGUUUAACCUUAACAUGUUAUUUUGGAUGCAGUCUUGUUUAGAAAGACAAGUGUCAAAUGACGCACACGUCUCCGGCUUGAAAGAUACCUGUUAAUCGUGUUUAAUCCUUGUAUUAUUGUUCAACGUGUCGGAAAGAGCUUGUCCUAUCUGGCAUUUUAUAUGUUACCAAUUUAUUACUGAUUUUACUAUUGGAAUCUCAGACAGAAUAAUACGUAUCUAACCCAUAUUCACCUAAAUGUCAAUAGAACAGUGUCAAUUGCUUUGACAAGUGUCAAUUGGCCUCUAAAGAAGAUUGAUUAUUGGACAAAACGUUUCAAGCACAAAACAAGGAACAUCCCAAAGAUGAAGAAAUAUUUUUGGCCAUCAGCAACUUCGGUCGCCAUGGAUAACGGGCGACAAAGGGCACACUCUGCAUCCUCGUUGAAAUCCCUGAGUCUGUAUGCGCCCGGACAGAAAUGGUCCAACAGACAAGCCAGGAGUACCCCGGAACUCCGACUUUACAUGCAGCAGUCCAUGUUAAGUGGCCUCAAUACAACUGUUCCACAAAGUCUUAUCCCCCAGGACUUCAAUUCCUGCCACAAACCCAGGAAAAAGCCCCGCCAUGACCGACGGGCGAGUCGCGGGUUCUGUCGUGAAUGCUGCACAUUGAAACUUUUCCUCGUCAUCCUCCAGUUGCUCAUUGGGGCGACAAUUUCAGGGGUGGCAUUCUAUCUGUAUUUCUUCUCUACACAAUCCUUGAAGAUCAGAGAAACAUCCUUCUGGGCUGGAAUUCCGUUGUUUUUGGCGGGUGUUUUGGGUAUAUACCACUGUGCUAAUGACUACGAGAACUACAUAGGGAGCACCAAGCACUUCAUACUAAAGGCUGCCUGCUUCCUGCUGUCCUUGGUCUGUAUAUUUAUUUGCCUGGUUGCCAGCACAUUCCCCGUCAUCCACAUCGCCAGGCUAUACACUUUCAACCACUGUGAAAAUGUAGCCAAUGACUGUCUCUGCUACGGGUCACAUGACCAGACGUCACGCCUCUUUACAUAUAAGGAGUUAGGCGAUUGUGACCUGCUUUUCUGUUUGAUUAAGAUUCUGUUGAUAGUGGAGAGUUCUGCGUGUAUUCUUGGAAGUAUUAUAUCAUUCUGGUACGUUAUACUGCUGUGGCGAUCCAAAUAUGGUGGGAUAUACUCAGGAAUACGUUAUUCGUCGACGUCGAACGGGCACGUGCAAAGAGGCGUGGUAUAAUAUGCAAAUGUGUAUGGAAAAGUCAUUCCUUCUAAAUCGAUGCUAAUUGAUAUUUUUCACCAAUUAAUAUAUUUUUCUAUUCAAGAACAUACAUGUUAUGUGCAUAUAUAAUGUGAGAAAGCCAUGCCAAGCAGCAGCAUUGUUUGUUAAAUGAAUACUCGUCAUCAAAAACAAUUUGAUAUAGGCAAACUGGAAAUCAAUGUCUGAACGAUAUUUUUGUGAGCAAAGUCAAUUUAACCGUUGUAUGUAGACAGAAUAUUCGCUUGUCAGUUGUUCAUAACAGUGAAUUUACAAUAUAAUGCAUGGUUAUUUUGUUAGAUUUAACACAUAUUUCUAAUUCCGUGGAUUUAGAGAGGUUCGAGUCACCCUCCAUCACGGAAGGUGAGAUUCUGAGGAUUACGGCCGAGGGCAUUCCGAACAACAUCCGCUUGGAUGUAGUGUCUUGCCCCUGUGUGCUGGGUCCGUGCUGAAUAACAUGCAUGGUGUUUGUAUGGUUAGGCCCCUGUGAUGUCGGCUCCUUGCUGAAUAACCUGGUGUCUGUAGAGUCAGGCCCCUGUGAUGCUGGCUCCGUGCAGAAUAACCUGGUGUCUGUAGAGUCAGGCCUCUGUGAUACUUGCUCCUUGCUGAAUAACCUGGUGUCUGUAGAGUCAGGCCCCUGUGAUGCCGGCUCCUUGCUGAAUAACCUGGUGUCUGUAGUCAGGCCCCUGUGAUGCUGGCUCCGUGCUGAAUAACCUGGUGUAUCUAGUAUGCUUCAGUAACGACUCAGUAGGCUAUGUGUUUGAUUGGCUAAUUACCAUGCACACAUGUCUUAAAUUAUAUACGAUAUUAAUAUUCCACAUUUUCACUUCACUACAACUUCUGUGUAUCAGGUACUCACUUUUGAAUAAUGUUCAACAUUGUGCAAUAUAUACCAUUAAAAUUACCUACG